ACUGACAACACUGAUAACCAAGGCCGGUAGCUGUAUGGUAGAUGUAUUGGUCUGUACUGACGUACGGAGUGCUACCAUAGCUGCUACUGACAGCGUUUACUGACGCAAUACAAAUAAAAACCAUUCCUGCCACGGGCAAACCACCCUUUUGGUGUUCCCAAGUCUAUACCAAAGUAUCUACAAGCAAUCUACGCGUUUUUACAAACCAGAGCAAGUCGGAGCCGCAUUGUGGGGGGGGUUACAACACUUGGAAUUAUCAGCAACCGGCGGAGGCGAGUGAAUCGGUUCGAAUUGAACGCAGUACGCGCGGAUUAUGUGGGUGGAAAGGUUAUGAGUACGGCCUCGAAGAGGCGGCUACCAUGGGCAAGUGCGUGCGACGUAUGAGGGCCAUGUGGUGGAUGACUGCGCUCCUCUGGCUGGCGGCCCUUGGGUCCCCCGUGCGGGGGCAGUUCAGCGACUUGAUCAACUGCCUUCAGAUGAAUGCUAGAUUCGUGGGGUAUAUACCAAAGGGAGACAUGGCUGCAGGGACCUUUGAUGAGAUCAAAGACAUACAAUCGGAAAAACAUUGUGUCCUGGCAUGUUGCCAGAAAGAUGAGUGCAAUGUAGCUUUCAUGACCGCUGAGAAAUGCUAUCAUAUCACUUGUGCCAGUAAUGAGCUAUGCAUGCCUGUUCUAAGUCCCAAAGUGGCUACCAGGAACCAGUUUGCAAUGGUACUGGUCAGGGCUGUAGGAGAUGACAACUGGGAGAAUUUGCUCAGCAAAAGAGAUCAAAUUGAGAAUGCGUACCCGGAAGGUAUGCAGCUAGGUGCGUCUUCUUUAGCCGCUAGCAAAAGUUGUAAUGUAGGGAUACCCGACUGUGGGAAUAAUGAAGAAUGCGUUCAAAAUUCUCCCAAAAGUAGGGCGGGAACUUGCCGCUGUAAGGAGCACUAUAUUCGUAAUUCUGAUGGAAUUUGCACACAGAGUGCGACUACAGAAGCUACAAAUGCAGUGGCUUCAUCAACACAAAUCACCAAAAGAAAAUUGAAGGUGGCUGUGGAGAAUGCGGAGAUUCAGUUACCACAGAGUGAAGUCAAUCUGAAAGCAUUCGCUACUCCAGAACCCCAAGAAAACGAGAAGUAUAACUACGAUUGGACGUCUUUAAACCAACCAGAUGGAAGCAGCGCGAUCAAAAAACAAAACGGUGAUGAACUGCAACUUACAAAACUCUCCGAGGGGCUGUACACGUUUAAAGUGAACGUGUCCAGUGAAUUCUCCUAUGGUGAGACGUUUGUGAACGUCACAGUCCUCGCUCAGGCCAGGAUCAACCAACCGCCGAAGAUUGUCAUUACCCCCGCCAAUCAAACCAUUAAACUACCCACAACGGAAGCUGUCUUGGACGCGUCUCCAAGCACAGACGACAAUGGCAUUGUCAGUUACCACUGGGAACUCCAGCAAGGCCCAGUUGGUUACCAACCCCACUUUUCCGAACUCUCAAUGUUAGCGCUUAAAGAUCUGACCAAACCUGGCAAUUAUACCUUCAAACUAACCGUCACGGAUACAGAUAAAGCCACAUCGUCAGCAACUGCAAAUAUCACUGUCCUACAGGAGACUGACUAUCCCCCAGAGGCGAAUGCAGGUCCCGAUGUGAUUGUAUACCUGCCACAUAAGGACCUGCAGUUGAACGCGACGAUGAGCAGUGAUGAUCACAACAUCACCACCUGGGAGUGGACGAAAAUCGACACAAACCUCGCGGUGGAUAUGCAAGACACCCGCACACCGAUACUAAAACUGUCGAAUCUUGAGGAAGGCAUGUAUACCUUUCAACUUAAGGUGACUGAUAGUGCAGGGCAGAGCAGUACUGCGAAGGUACACGUGUUUGUGAAACCACCAACGAAUCAACCUCCUGUUGCCAAGGCUGGUGAUAAUAUCACCAUCAGUCUACCGCAAACAUGGGUUGUGGUGAAUGGCAACCAAAGCACGGAUGACAACAAAAUCGUUGAUUUCAAGUGGAGUCAAGUGGAAGGACCCAGCACAGCUGUAUUUACAACACAGAACGCAAGCAUUACAAACGUUACAUCCCUCACCAAAGGAAAUUAUGUGUUUAAGAUCACUGUUACUGAUGAUAAUGGAAACUCCGCGAGUGCGUUACAAUAUGUAACAGUUGAUCAAAACAAAAAUCAGAAGCCGAUUGCAAAAGCGGGUGAUGAUUUCGAAGUGGUACUACCACAGACUGUGAUUUACAUGAACGGAUCCCAAUCCAGUGAUGAUUGGGCGAUUGUGAAAUGGAAGUGGACCAGAGCAGAGAAUUCGCUAGCCUAUGGCCAAAUUGGGGAACGAUCCGAAGACACGCCGGUGUUAAUUCUGACUGAUGUUGUUCCUGGCAGGUAUAUUUUUAACCUGACCGUGUAUGAUGAACAGGGACUGAGCGACACUGACUCUGUGACGGUCACAGUACGAGCAGAUCCCAAUCUGUACUUUUUGGUUGAGAUGAUCAUCAACGCCGAUAUCAAACAGUUGACGCACACACAGUACGAAAACAUGAAGGGAAAACUUGCACUUUUGGUGCAGGACCAAACAAAAUUACAGGUUCAAGAAUUAAGUUCAGAAGUAGGAACAGAACGAGUUAUUAUACAGUUUUACAUCGAACAAAGCGAUGGGAAGUCAAUGGACGCCAAUAUGGUUGUGAAGCAUUUCCGUGAGAAGCUUAAAGUGGACGCAGAUAUCCUCGGCUUCUCUGUAAGUGGUCUCCAGACAGUGAUUUGCCAGAAUAAUUGUUCUGGGCAUGGUCUAUGUGAUGAGCGCACGCGGAUCUGCAAAUGUGACACAUUUUGGAUGCGAGACAUGCUCAAAGAGUACUGGGACGCAGAUGAUGACUCCGACUGCAGCUGGAGUAUCCUCUAUGUGGUGUUGGGUGUGUUGUGCUUCACCCUCACAGUGGCAGGUGCCAUCUGGGGCUUGAUCUAUCUCUGCUUGAAUAAUUGUUCGUGUCGCUCGGAGGCCAACAAGCCAACGAGUUAUAAACUUAUCGAGAAUACCGACGACGUGCGCAAGGUGGAUAUCAGUGACACAGACUCCGACAGCGAUGUGGUUUUCGAGUCGAGGAAUAAGAGUCGCUACAGCGGGGAGUCGCGUAAUGGUCACAAACGCAAUGGUUUCGUCAAGAUGGGCCGGCGUAUCAAGACCUAACUGAGCGUGGCUCAGCGAAUGGAGCGGGCGGAAAGACUGCGACUAAGUCGCUUGCGCAAUUGAACACAUUUCAAGUUAAAUCGAAAGAAACAAAGCAACAUAUUGUGCCUACCUGUACUAAAUUGCAAGUGUUAGUUACCCGAUUGGUUCUUUUCGUAUAAAUUAUCAAUGACUUUAAGAGAUUGAAUCGUACGCCAAACUGAUUUGAUUGUGAAUAAUGUUAAGUAAUUGCAAAUACCAUCCAUACAUGUGAUUAUUAGUUUAAAAUUUUCUAGUCAUGGCCGCGUGUCGCCAUUCCAAUAAUUUAGAUAUACGAUUGGCACAACCUAAUACACACAAACAAAUCUAGUGUUAACGAAAUUUAGACUUACUUUCAACUUAUUGUAGUGUCAAAACCGAAAACAUAGGUCUCAGGAAUUGGGCAAAUGUGGCGUGAGAAAUGUGAUGAUGCGAAUUCAUUUUAUACGGAAUAGACGCGAUGUGUGAACGAUGUUCCUUUCUUUCACAACAAAUCACGCAAUUUGUAUUAUUUGGUACUUAAGUCUGUAUGAAUUCAGAAGGUUUGUGCACAUUCUUUGCAUUUUAUGUCGAUUGUAAAUGCGUUUCGGAAUAAAGAUGUUAGAUUUACAAA